GUAGUUGGAGUUUUGAGCGUGAUUUUCCUCCGUCAGGAUGUCAUACAUGAGAGCAGACAGCGGCUGGUCUCAGCCAGGAGACUUUAACAGCCUCAUCCAGACCUGCAGCUCCAACAUCCAGAAGAUCAGCCAAAACUCUGGUCAGAUCAAAAAUAUUCUCUACCAGCUGGAGACUCGACAGGAGACAUCAGAGCAGCAGGAGAAGCUGCAGCAGCUCCAGCACUACACCAACCAGCUGGCCAAAGAGACCAACAGACACCUGAAGGAGCUCGGCUCUCUGCCUCCGCCUCUGUCUCCAUCAGAACAGAGGCAGCAGAAGCUGAGGAGAGAGCGUCUGAUGAACGAUUUUUCUGCAGCUCUCAACAACUUCCAGCUGGUUCAGAGGAGAGCAGCUGAAAAAGAGAAAGAGUCGGUGGUCCGGGCUAGAGCAGGAUCCAGAGUCACGGGAGAUGGAGGAAAUGUGAAUGAGCAGCUGGUCACAUUUGAAAAAGAAGGAGAGUGGGGUCAGAGCCAGAGUCAGAGUGAGGAAGUGGCGAUCACCGAGGAGGACCUGGAGAACAUCAGGGAGAGAGAGACCAACAUCAAACAGCUGGAGGCAGACAUCAUGGAUGUGAACCAGAUCUUUAAGGACCUGGCUGUGAUGAUCCAUGAUCAGGGAGAAACCAUUGACAGCAUCGAGGCCAACGUAGAGGGAGCCGAGGCUCACGUAGACCGAGGAGCAGCACAGCUGCAGAAAGCUUCCUACUACCAAAGGAAGUCACGUAAGAGGAUGUGCAUCCUGGCCAUGGUCAUGUCUCUUAUUCUCCUCAUCAUCAUCAUCAUCAUCUGGCAAGCCAUCAAAUGAGGAGCAGCUUUGCCCACUGACGCCUUCAGAUGAUUUUGUGUGUCUGCGUGUGUGAAUGAUGUUUUCACGUGAGCGUGUUGAUUCUUUCAUCGGUCUGAUCCUAACCUCCACCAUCAUAGACGCUGAGGUGCUCCUUUAAUACAGCCUUAUAAAGCAGAAUUUCUUUGGUGCUCAUAAUUGACCAGACUGAGUUGAUCUUUAAUUGAUUUGAUUCUUUGACAAACUUGUCCUCAAUGAACGAAUGAAGACAUGCAUAGAGUAUGGUGUAAGGAUGUGGAGUUGCUCUUGUGGACACCUUUAUUAUUGAGGUCACCAUUUUAAAGUCACAACUUCACCUGGAUGCACUGAAAAGACUCCGCUUGUAUGAAGUAAGUCCAACAGGAAGUAGUGCAAUAACAUUUAUAAUGAUUGAUGGGACACUGGACCAAUCAGAGAGCCAACAAAAACUGUUUCUCCUUCUUUGAUUAGAUAAUUGAUGAGUUAAAUUCAGUCAAACACUGCAGCACUAAUGUCUGCUACGGCCAUGGGAGUUUGGAGUUUAGGAUGGAGAUUAAGAUGGAGAUUAGGAUCAGCCUACUGAUGAAUUAAUCUCACAUUCCUUUAUUAAAACCUCCUCAGAGUAACUUUGAUCAGUGCUGUAGCUCCAUGUCUUACUAAUGCAAGGUUGCACAAUUUUAUAUGCAGUCAUUUAAACCUCUGUAAUAAAACUGUCUGUGUUUAGUUCACCUUUGUUUUUUCUGGAAGUUUCUCUGGAAGUUUAAUACAACUAACAUAACAGUGGUCUGAUGGUGUAAUGUGUCAGUUUGUCCACCAGGGGGAGAGCUAGGCAUGCUGGGAGUCAGUGACCGUGGUCUGUUGGACACGCUGCUCCUGCACUCCUAGUUAAUUUAAGAUAAAUGAUUAUUCACCUGCUCAACAGUUAAAAAAACAAGUCCUGUGGAGAUAUUUGAAAACUUUCAAUCUGGUCAGUUCAGAAUAAACAAAAAAUAUUGAUAAAAUAUUUCAAAGGUUCAUUAUUUUUUUUCA